GGCUGAGCACACAGAGGCCAGUCCUGAGCACACCCAGCUCCGGCUCAGCCGCCACCAUGUCUCUGACCAAGGCUGAGAGGAACAUCAUCCUGUCCAUGUGGGGCAAGAUCUCCACUCAGGCGGAUGCCAUUGGCACCCAGGCCCUGGAGAGGCUCUUCCUCAGCUACCCCCAGACCAAGACCUACUUCCCGCACUUCGACCUGCACCCGGGCUCAGCGCACCUGCGCACGCACGGCGCCAAGGUGGUGGCCGCCCUGGGCGAUGCCGUCAAGAACAUCGACGACAUCUCGGGCGCCCUGUCCAAGCUGAGUGAGCUGCACGCCUACAUUCUGCGCGUCGACCCGGUCAACUUCAAGCUCCUGUCCCACUGCCUGCUGGUCACGGUGGCCUCGCACUUCCCCGCCGACUUCACGGCCGAUGCCCACACCGCCUGGGACAAGUUCCUGUCCAUCGUGUCCUGCGUUCUGACCGAGAAGUACCGCUGAGCAGCCGCCAGACCGAGGGCGGGCUGCGACCUGUUCCCUGCCCUUGAACCUUCCCACAAUAUUUCCCGAGAUUCCCCAAUAAAUGGAUGAGGAUGG